UGGAUAUCAUGCAGACAAAGAUUUGAUAUCGAACAAGACGGUCGCCAUUUGGUGGUAAUGUGACUUAAACAAUCAGUGCGACUAGUGUGAUUUAAAUUCAAACAUAUAAAAUUUUAUUUAAAGUGUUGAAAUUAAACAUUUUCAAAAAGUUCUACCUGUGGUAGCAUAAGCCAUUAGUAUUGAAUAACAACCUUGGAUUGGACUUGGAUUGGAUUAAACCUUGUCUUCACUAAAGGACAAACACAUAUGAUAAAGUAGACGUUUAUAGAGUAGAAAAUGGCUCUAAGAGUUUUUGGUUUGAUAUUACUAGUAAUUGGUUUCUGCGAGUCUUACAAGAUACUGGUGAUAAGUCCCCUACCCGGCAAGAGCCAUGCUAUCUUGGGAGAUGGUGUCAUCAAGCACCUUCUGAAGGCUGGACACCAGAUCUCUUACGUAACAGCGUUUCCUGAAAGCAAUUCCCACCCAAACCUUACAAUCGUAGACGUCAAGGCUAAUAAAGACAUUUUAAAAGGUGACAUGAUAAGUUUAGACAUGAUAAUGAAUAAAAAAAUCGAUCUACAAAAUGUACAAUUGAUUGUAAGUAUGUUUGUGGAAGUCGGAAAGCAGACAAUAGCAAAUAAAAAUUUUCAAAAUGUCCUUAAAGAUAAAAAUCAACAGUUUGAUGUAAUUAUAGCAGAAUGGAUGUUCACAGAAAUAUACGCUGGAUUAAUACCUGUUUUUAACUGUCCAUUCAUAUGGCUAUCCACUAUUGAACCUCAUUGGAUGGUAUUACAACUUAUAGACGAUAUUCCAAACCCUGCGUAUACGCCCGACAGCCAUACAGUUUUUGCACCACCUUUCACAUUUUGGCAGAGAGUUCAACUAUUAUUACACUUAUUUUUUGGACAGUAUCUACAAUACAGAUAUGCAUAUGGAUCAGAACAAACGACUUAUGAACAAUUCAUAGUACCUCAUAUAAGAGAUAAGAUCAAUCCGGUACCAUCAUUAGAUGUUCUACGGUAUAAUGCGUCCCUUAUGUUUGGAAACUCGCAUUAUUCACUAGGACGAUCCACAAGAUUACCUCAAAACUACAUUCCUAUUGGUGGCUAUCACAUUGAUACUGACACGAAACCUUUACCAAAAGAUCUUCAAACAAUAAUGGAUAGCGCUAAAAAUGGCGUUAUUUACUUCAGUAUGGGAUCGAAUCUAAAAAGCAAACAUUUUCCCCAAGAAUUAAGAGAUGGACUACUUAAGCUUUUUGGAGAAUUAAAACAGACUGUUAUUUGGAAAUUUGAAGAACAAUUAAAGACUCGUCCAAAGAACGUACAUGUAGUGCAAUGGGCUCCUCAGCAGAGUAUCUUAGCGCAUCGAAAUUGCAUUCUUUUCAUAACGCAUGGAGGUCUUCUCUCGACGACAGAAGCUAUUCACUUUGGUGUUCCUAUAAUUGGGAUUCCAGUAUUUGCUGAUCAGUUCACAAAUAUUGAGGUGGCUGUUAACAAGGGCUAUGCGAGAAAGACCACUCUAUCUUAUUCGAUGGUGGAUGAAUUGAGAGAGAGUAUACGUGAUGUAUUAAACAAUCCCAAAUACUCAGCUAAGGCAAAAGAGCUAUCUCGUAUCUACCACUCCCGAGUGGCGCACCCUAGCGUAGAUCUGGUCCACUGGACUGAGGAAGUAGUGGUGUCGCAGGGUGCGCUGUAUCUUCGAUCUGCUGCGUUGCAAACGCCUCUUUACCAGAAGUUAUACCUAGACUUGGCUGCUUUAGUAAUCAUAGUAAUUUUCGUCUUUAUAUAUCUUCUUAGAAAAGUUUUACGGAAAUUUACUAAAAAGGAACAUAAUGAUAAGAAAAAAAAUUAAGAUUUUAGCACUUAGCACUAACUCCUUUAUAAUAAUAAGUAAUAACAGUAUUUCUUUUCAUUUAAUUUUUUGGCGGACAUACUAUGUGAUAUUUAUGGCGUAGAUUUCUAUUAAAAUUUCCUUGAUAUUUCAUACAUUUAUUUGAUCUGUCCUUUGUACCACUCGAAUCAAUUGUUGUUUCGUCUCGAAAACCCAGAAAAUUCUUAGAAUAAAGAGUGAUAUCACACAGUGUUUGUUGUCUUACAAAACAAUCUUGUUCUUAAAUAAUACUGAAUUCAGUGUUUCAUUGGAAGGCCUUGUGCCAUAUUAAACGGUAAGAAAUAAAGAUACGU